UUCAAGACGUGCCUCAUGGACUGCCGCCUCCAUCACAUCCUACGCCAUUGCCGCUGUGUUCCUUACUACUUUAACCACGUGCCCGAUUACCCAACAUGCAACUUGUCCAGCAUUGGGUGCAUCGCGAGCAUCGAUAGAGACCUGCGAUUCUACCGCGUGGACGACGGCGGCGCGGCAGAGAGCGGACAGUCGGCAGGCGCGCUCAACUGCUCGUGCCUGCCCGACUGCCACAUCUACGAGUACGGCGUGGACGCGCGCUACGAGGCCAACCCCGCCAUACGGUCCGACGCCUACCUCGACGUCUACUACUCAGAGUCCGCCGCCGUCUUCUACCUGCGGGAGCUCACGUUCGACGCGGCGCAGCUCAUCGUGUCAUUCGGCGGCAUCCUGAGCCUGUUCCUAGGGGUGAGUGUGCUGUCCCUGGCUGAGGUGCCGCACUUCGCGCUGCGGCUGGUCACGGCGAUGUACCACGGCAGCGGGUCCACCACCGCCAAUGCCACCACAGCAGAGCACCAGUCAAAAUCCGUGUGGGUCACCACGGCACCGGGUCGCCGACGCCCCACUGUCUCUGACCAUCCCUGGAGCACAGUGUCGGGGCCUAAGCUCCACGUACCGCGCGACACGGCGAGCAUCGCUGGCAGCAAGCACCGCCUCCGGACACGCAAAGGCACAAAAUGGCUCGGGCGAAAGUCCCCGCAAUUGCCGCUCUUCAGGGGCGCUCUGCGGCUCAAGAGCGGGAAAAUUGCGGCAGUUGCCGCUCCACAGGAACACUCCGACACUGAAACGGCGCUGGCGCAGUGGAGGGUGAGCGACGCCGCCCGGUGGUGAAGUUCUGGAAUCACAACAGCUGCGAGUCACGGUCAGGCAGUUGUCCGGUCAUCUAUUGUAGGCCUCGUGCGACCUACAGGUAUCAGGAAUAAACUCUAGAGGAGCCGAAGGACUGACUUUACGAUAAAACUCAAUCCAAUGCUUGUCUGUAUCCUAAUCAAAACUGAGAUAGUAUUCCAAGUGCAAUAACCUCACUGUAAAAAUGCCA